CCGCAGAAUAUUCCGCCUGAUCACAACUGAUCACCGAUCACCGAUCCCGAUUGACAGGCACACACGUUCCGGAGUGCCUGCUCCGGUACGGUAUGCCUCUGCAUUUGCACCAUUUAAUGCAUGCGAAUGAAAACAUAGCACAUACUCUCAGGUCGGUCAUUCUACGAACACAGACACGAGUUUGCGCCUAUUUGCUGCAGACAGUCAUCUCGAGAGCUGGAGCGCUGAGGCGUACACAGGGCAACGGUUCUUUCGACACCAAUCGAAUAUGAGGCGCAAAGAAAGGACGGCUGAUACAGGCAUUCCGCCUCAAUGCAUUGCUUCAUUCAUUCCUCGAGCCAGCACGAUCGCCAACAUUACCGCCCAUUUCUGAAGAUCAAAAUAUGGUUACUGAGCAGCUCUCAGGUCCACGGUCCAUGCUCCAUGCUCCAUGCUCCAUGUCCAUCACUCUCGGCGGGUCCUUUGCAGUCCUUCAACCGCCAGAGUGACGUAGGUCCGGAUAUAUGGGUCUCUCGCAACACAUCUGAUCCCCGAGGACGAAAACUCUCUUGCCGCCCCUC